AUGGUGGUUUGUGCGAGGAUUGUCAUCGUAGCAGUGGAGGACGUGGUGCCUGUUGUGCUGGUUUGGGUAGUGGUUGUUCCGUGUGCGGUUUGGCUGCUGGACGUGGUUGUACUUCUGGCGAGAGUUACAGUUGCUGAGGACGUUGUCUCACUGGUGAUGCUUGUGCUCCGUGUGGUGGACAUGGUUUCGCUCACGCUCGUGGUGCCUGUCGUGGAACUAGUGCCAGUGCUGCUAACUGUGCUACUGAUGCUACUGCUGCUUGUGACACUGCUCGACACGGUCAAGGUGCUUGUGCUGGUGAACGAUGCAGACGUUGUUGUCGUAGCUGUCGAGGUGGUUGGAUCGGCACCCAGCUGGAUGGCUGGCAAGUUGUCUGCCAUCUCGUCGGCGGCAUCUGCCAGACUUACGAAGAGUGUCAUCGUCGAGAAUCGCACAUGUGAAACCGUGGUUUCCAAUCCGCAGCUUCUUCGCUGUCCGGCCUGUGCCCACAUCUAUGGUAGGCAGAUUGUCCCCCAUCGUCCCCGAUGCAUCUCCACGUUUGAUCGUAUCUCCAUAGCCCAAGCCACCAGCUUGGUUAUCACCCCAGCAUUUAAGGGCAUCAUUGUCCAAGAUGACACAAGCAUGUCGUGCUCCAACGGCAAGAUGCUUCGCAGUGCGACCAAUACCCAGAUUCACUGGAGGCAAGAAAUCACCCAUUUGGUUUGCUGCAGUUCCUACGUCAGCUGUUGCUUCUGUGCCGGGAACGGCGUGUAUUGCACGGCCCCAUCAUUUUACAGAGAAGUCGUCCAACCUGGCACAGGCGACGUGGUCACCACAGCCGAUUUCGAGCGCGGUCCUUCCACUACCCAGGUCUACAGUCGGAAGGGCGUCCCCCAUGUCGCUGGCACUACCUCCUCGGUGAGAGGUGAGCGCGCUGCCAGCUGCCACUUCUUGUGGCACUUGACUGGUUCCGAGAUUCACGACCGGCAAGUUGUCUCCCAUGCUUCCAGCUGCGCUACCUCUUCCAGCCAAAUCACCAGACCCGGUAGGGUUUCCAUGGUCCGCAGCGCCCCAGCACUUCAAGGUGUCGUCAUCCAAAAUCGCACAGGCGUGCCAUUCGGAAGAAGCAACUCGCUUUGCAGUUCUGCCAGUUCCCAGGUCUACUGGCGGAAGGACAUCCCCGGCGCCAGCCGUGCCGACGUCACUAGCGCUGGACUCUUGGCCACCAAGUCCAUGACCGUUUUUGCCAAAGGCCUUCAGGGAGCCAUCAUCCAAGAUGACAUAGGUCGUGACGACCAUCGCCUCCGCCAGUCGGGAGGCGCUGCGCCCCGUUCCUAG